AACGAGCGAAACUUGCACCAGUGAAACUAUUAUUAAUUUAUUGAUAAUUAAGUUUAUAAUUCAAAGUUUUUCUUGUGGUGAUAACUGAUAAAAAAAUUUAUAUGAACGAGGCUUAAAUUCCAGAUACUUCUUCUACACAUAAUUCUGUACUUUUUGUUUGGCAAGUUGUUGCUAAGGUAAUGUUUGAGAAUUCGGAAGAAUGAUAUUUCUUCAGAAAAUAUAAAUUAAAAUGGUGUUUUUUAACCUUUGGACUGUAUUGCAUUGGUAUUUAAGACCUUUCAUAAAGUGGUUUCUUCGGAAAACAACACGACUCUGCGAGUUACAAAGAAUAUGUUACGGUGAUAAACUUGGAGCGCAAAGAACUUGCAAUGUAGAAAAGUCAUUAAUGCUCUCACGCACCAGAGAUAUUAAAGAGGUCAUCGCUUUUUUAGAUGCUGUAGUCAUUGAACGUAGAUUUAUUCCUAUUAAUUUUGACAGCAUAUUAAAUCCAUCAAUAUCUAUAAUCAUCCGUACGAAACAAAUAAACACAAAAUUACAUCCUACCUUUAGUCCGACAUUUAGAUACUGUUUACAACAAAUAUGGUGCUACAGACAAUUAUUAGAUGAAGUGGAAGAACUAAGGUGUACUCAAUAUGAUAGUAAAAAUUUACAACAUGAGGAAAAACUAUUGACUCUAUGGAAAUUGCUGCAACCCAAUGAAUUAUUAGAAGACAGAGUGACUAAACAGUGGCAGAAUAUAGGUUUCCAGGGAGAUGACCCUAAAACUGAUUUUCGAGGAAUGGGCCUCUUGGGUUUGGAAAACUUGUUGUUUUUUGCUUCAGAAUAUCCACAGGUGUCAAGCCAUGUAUUGAGCCACUCACAUCAUCCUAAAUAUGGGUACACUUAUGCAAUCGUUGGAAUUAAUUUAACAUCAAUGGCAUACUACCUUCUGAAAGAUGGAUCUGCAAAGACAUACAUGUUUAAUGCUAAGCAAUAUAUACCUAAUAUAGAUUUAUUCCAUAGAUUUUAUUGCUACCUAUUUUAUGAAUUUGAUAAAAUGUGGAUAGAAUCUAAACCAGAGAACAUAAUGGAAUUUUCUAUGAUAUUCAAGAAAUUUGAGAAUUCAAUUCGAUCUCAACUAGCUGAUCCAGCUUCUGUAUUUAGGAUAAAGAUAGAAGUUGAUACUAUAUAGUUGAAAUCUGUUUUCAUUCACUAACUUAAAUUUACAAUUGUUGUUCAUAACAUUUUUUUGUUUUUUAUAAAACCAUUAAGACUAAUAGAUUUUCUUUCUUAAAAAAAUAAAACAAAUAUAAAAUAUGAGAAUAAAUUGGAAUAGGAAGAAAGCAUGUUUUGCUAAUUAAUCAAACAGUAUUUUUUGCUUAUAGUAAAUAAUGACAAUGAAUAUUUUUUAUGAAAUAGAAAAUAUAGGAUGUUUUUAAAGCUCAAGCUUGAUACAUUUUUUAUAUAAACAUAUUAAACUAGCCUUUUGUUAAUUGACAAGCCUACAAAUAAAAAUUAUCUCAGUUUUCUAGAACAAAAUAAUUUGGCAGUAAAUUUGCCUUUAUAAAUUAAAUAUAGUACCUAGUCAGAACUAUUUAUUUAGUUAAAUUUUUAUACAUUCUCAAAAUGUGAAAAAGGAUAUUAUCUUUAUUCAAUAAAAUUAUCAGUAAAAUAAUUUACCCAUUGCAAUGAAAAAGCACACAAAGUAGUAAUUAAUAGUUUGUUAUAUUAAAAUAAUUACAUCACAUAUUUUAGCAAUACAACACAUUAUUUUUAUAUUAUGAUAACUAUAUGUGUAUUUUUGUAAUAGGAUGAUUGUCUUUAGAUAAUAAUUAAUUGAAUAACUUAUUAAACAAAAUACUGAGAUGUGGCAUUAUCCAUACAUGCUUAAGUUAGUUAGUUACUAAUACACCAUGACAUUACCUACUUCUAUGUUCAGGAGAUUUUAAAUUUACAUUAGACUUAUAAAGAGUAGUUUUCUCAUCUAUACUAUUAUGUAUAGUUUGUAGAUCACUUGCAAUAUGAGUCUUGUAGUAUG